AUGUCUGCGACGCUCGACGACGAGAUAGAGCAGCUGAGGGAGCGAGCUGCUCUCCUCAAAAAACAGCUCCGGGUACAUGCUUCCACUCUUCUUUCCGCUAGGCCGACGAGGGAGCUGCUGAGCGAUGGCAACACCGGCGACGACAAGGUCCGAAAGCAGCUUCUCGAGCUGUGUGACGCGCACGUGGCGCACAAGCAGCAGUGUCUCUACCGCGCCGGGGCAUCGGUCACGGCCUUCCGCGUACGCGACCCCGAUCCGAAUGCCGUCGAUGGCGGGCGUGUGCUCGGAUUGCGGCUAGACGUCAUGAUGGGCGCCCAGUUUCUUCGGCCGUACUACGUCUUGCUGCACAGAGACAGCAGCCGACAGCCGACGCAGAAGCGGCAGCAGCAGCAGCAGCCACAACAGCCGCAAGCACAGCGUCUGCGCAUCCAUCGACACACAGUGCCGCCCUGCAUUCCGCUGUCGGGACUGGCUGCACGCUAUCUGGAAGGGACUGCUGCAGUGCCGGCAGGGGCCGGCGUGUCCGGGCCCGACCUCUACGGCUUCGUGCGGGCGCUGCGCCGCGCGCUGGUGCGGUACCACAACCGGCUGGCCGUCAUCGGCGAUCUUCGGCGUGCAGUGCAGCAGAGGAGUGCAGACGACAGCGAGAGCCACGACACGGCGCUGGCCGAUGUCAGUGGCGCCGACACUGAGGCCAAGCAGAUCAGGCUCGACUGGGCCGACAAUCGGACCGGGCGCUUGGUGAUGGACGACAGCGGAAACAUCCAGCAGCUCGUCGUCAUCGGCGCCACAGGCAUUCGGGAUCGCGCGGCAGCGCGGGCAUUGCUGGCCGGCGAGACUACGGCCCUGGGACUGGUCCGACGGCUGGCCACAAAUUGA